AUGAGCCAGUCGGCGUUCAACGUGCAUCUGCCCCUCGGCACCCCCACCGUCGACCAGUUCCUCGGGAUCCCGCCCCAUCCGACCAAGUGCCAGGCGACGUACAUCUGGAUCGACGGCACCGGCGAGAAUCUGCGCAACAAGACCCGCACGCUCAACACGAGGCCCGUCAAGGUGGAGGACUACCCGAUCUGGAACUACGACGGCAGCUCCUGCGGCCAGGCCCAGGGCCGUGACUCGGAUCGCUACCUGAAGCCUGCCGCCGUGUUCCCCGACCCGUUCCUCGGUGGCCACAAUGUGCUGCUCCUGUGCGACACCUACGAUCACUUGAUGAAGCCCACUGCCACCAACCAUCGCGCCAAGUGCAAGGAGAUCAUGGACAAGGCCGCGGCGCACAAGCCCAUGUUCGGCAUGGAGCAGGAGUACCUGAUGCUCGACCGUGACGGCUACCCGUUGGGCUGGCCGAAGAACGGGUACCCUGCACCGCAGGGCCCGUAUUACUGCGGCGUCGGCGCGAACAAGGUGGUUGGGCGCGAGAUCAUCGAAACGCACUAUCGGGCUUGCCUGGCCGCCGGGCUGGAGAUUGCUGGCACCAAUGCUGAAGUCACCCCCGGCCAAUGGGAGUUCCAGAUCGGCGUCUGCGAGGGCAUCGCGAUGGGCGACCAGCUGUGGAUCGCCCGUUUCCUCCUCCACCGUGUGGCCGAGCAGUUCGGCGUCAUCAUCUCCCUCGACCCCAAGCCCCAGGUGACGAUCGGCGACUGGAACGGCGCCGGAUGCCACACCAACUUCUCCACCGAGACGAUGCGCAAACCCGGCGGCAUCGCCGCUAUCAAUGCGGCCUGCGAAAAGCUCUCGAAAACCCACAAGGAGGACAUGAAGCUGUACGACCCGAACGGCGGUCGUGACAACUUGCGCCGCUUGACUGGGCGCCACGAGACGAGCAGCGUCGACCUGUUCACCUAUGGCGUCGCCAACCGCGGUUGCUCGGUUCGGAUCCCGCGCCAGGUCCAUGCCGAUCAGAUGGGUUACCUCGAGGACCGCCGGCCUUCUUCGAACGUCGACCCAUACGUGGUGACGGCUUCCAUCACUCGCUCCACGCUGCUGAUG